CUUAGUAAUACUCUUUCUCUUAAAGCUUUGCAUUUUGUUUUAUUUUUCAUUUGUUAAUAUAGGAAAUGGGUGAUGAUGAUUUCUUCAAUAAUCAAAUCCACAUGAUCUCUUUCACCGAAGAAAAGUCCUCCAAAGACAUGAUUUUUCAACAAGCAUUUUUCUCCUCAUCUUCUUCCUCUUCUUCCCUUCAAAGCAACUUGAAACCUUGCUCACCAUUUCCAACGGGUGGUUACGUUUUGUCUUUUGAUAAACCUGUUGUUGAACCACUUUACCCUAAAAAACAUCACUCUCCUAAAAGCCUAGCACAAAGCCAAUAUUGUGUUGAACCAAAGGCGUUCCCACGAACAAGGCCACGAGUUCACAUAUUGGCUGAGAGAAAAAGGAGAGAGGAAUUGACUAAGAGCAUCGUAGCACUUUCAGCCACCAUUCCUGGGUUAAAGAAGACAGACAAGGUCAAUGUAGUGCGUGAAGCUGUCAGUUAUGUGAAACAACUUCAAGAACGUGUGAAAGAGCUAGAAAAUCAAAAGAGAAAGGAAAGUAUGAAUUCAAUAAUACUCAACAAGCACAGGCCACUCUCCAUAAAUGAUCAAGCCACUCAUGGAUUUGUGGAUGUGAAUGAAGAACUCCUCGAGGUGAAAGUCACUGUUUUAGACAAGGAAGUGCUCAUUGGAAUUUAUUGUGAGAAACAGAGGCAGAGAUUGCUCAAAAUAUUGUCAUUGCUUGAUAAUCUCCAUCUUUCUAUCACCCAUACCAGCGUAUUGCCAUUUGGAACUUCCACUCUUAAAAUUACCAUCAUCGCUCAGAUGAAUAACGAAUAUAAUAUGACAAUUGAUGAUCUAGUAAAAACACUGCGGCAACGCAUAUUGAAGUCACAGGAUAUGCAAAAGUGAUCCGUGCUAGUGAAUCAAAAAAUGGUUCUGAUUGUUGUUUCAAUUGUUAAAAUAGUAGAUUCUAUAUGGAAAUGUUUUCAUUUAAUUAGAUGAUGAAAGUUAUUUCCAUGACUAGUCAGAAUUUGUGGAAUGUUGAAAGGCAACUCAUAGGAAUAAUGAAUUCGGUUUUGCUUGAGAAA